CUGGUCACGAUGGGAAGCAAAGGAGGGUUCGUCCCGCUUGGGCUCCUGUUCAUCCUGGCUGUCCUCUGCCAUGUAGGUCACAGCCUGGAGUGCUACAGCAGUAUUAACCCAGCUAAUGGCUGCACUACGGUCGUCAGUUGUUCACAUAAUCAAGAUACUUGUUUCAUCGUUAAAGCCAUGCCACCAAAAACUUACUAGUGUUGGAUGUUUGACCGCUGCAGUUUGGAAGCCAUUGCAAAAGGCUUAGGGGAGAAGGAGCUUCAGUACCGCUGCUGCCAGGAGAACCUGUGUAACAAAAGUGAUGGGACGAGUAUAUCAGGGAAAACAGCUCUGCUGGGCAUCCUGCUGCUGGUGGCAGUCUGGCACUUUUGUCUCUAA